CUACAUCCGUUUCACAAUUCGCAUGGCACGCUGGGACGUGGGGAGCCCAGCGGUAGUGGAAUUCGCCCUCUACGAUAACCAUGCAAUUCCAAGACUGAGUUAUCAGCGAAAGGCCACCACACUCCGUUUCAAUUUGAGAUGAGAGAUCAUUGUCAAUGGGUGUGAGCCGGCUGGAUGUUCUUUACAGAAAGCUUCUUCUCACCAAGCUUUUCAUCCAAGGUUGGGGAAAGCCUGAUGAUCUGAAAAGAAUAUUUAAGUUAAGGAAAAUCAUUGGCAAUAGAGAGAAGUGUAAGGAACUGGUACCUAAGGACUAUCCUGUGUUUAUUGACAAGGUAGAAGACCAGUCUGACUGCAAAAUACACAAUGGGUAUUUCAUAUCUCCCCUGGAACACAUUGUUCCUGGUAUCUUGCCAUCAGAGUCCAUCAAAGCCAGGUUCCAGUUUAUAGUUCCAAAGAAGUGGAAAAACCACAAGCCAGUAUGUAUUCACUUGGCUGGGACUGGAGAUCAUUUCUUCUGGAAGAGGCGGACCCUCAUGGCCAGACCCAUGAUAAAGGAGGCAGGAAUGGCUUCACUUCUCCUGGAAAACCCUUAUUAUGGAUACCGGAAACCAAAAGAACAAGUUCGUUCCAGCCUGAGGAAUGUGUCUGACCUCUUUGUGAUGGGAGCAGCACUCAUCCUGGAGUCUGCAGUGCUGCUACACUGGCUAGAGAGGGAGGACUACUGGCCCCUCGGCAUGACUGGUAUCUCAAUGGGAGGGCAUAUGGCAUCCUUAGCUGUAACCAACUGGCCAAAGCCCAUACCGCUGAUUCCCUGUCUCUCCUGGACCACAGCUUCCAAUGUUUUUACCACAGGUGUUUUGAGCAAAGCUGUGAACUGGAGGGAACUGGAGAAGCAGUAUGCAAUGCACUCUGUGUACGAACAGGAGAUCAUCAGACUGUUGGAGUACUGUGGGGUUGAUUCCUUCAAGAUGGGUCAGGAGUUUCUAAAGAGCUCACUUGACACGCUUUCUGGUCUGGAUCUCUCCACGGACAUCUUGGGUCUGCAUGCCCCCGAGAGGGACCGCAUGGGGCUGCGCACCUCUGCCCUGCACUCCCGGGCCGGGGAAGAAGCUAAUGGACAGGACCAACUGAUUGGACGGGAACACGAUCAUGGGCUGGACCAGAUUCUUUCCUCUGUGAACAUGCAGCACACCAACAUCAACAAGGGCAGUGGCAGCGGGUGGCAGCGCCAGUCCCUCCACAUUGAGUCUCUGGACUUUAUGAAGGGUGUCAUGGAUGAGUGCACACACAUCGCUAACUUCUCAGUGCCGUUGGAUCCCAGUCUGAUCAUUGUGAUACAGGCAAAGGAAGAUGCUUAUAUUCCACGCACCGGUGUGCGCAGUCUACAAGAGAUCUGGCCAGGCUGUGAGGUGCGGUAUCUCAACGGUGGCCACGUCAGCGCCUACCUCUUCAAACAGGGACUUUUUCGGCAAGCCAUCUAUGAUGCCUACGACCGAUACCUUGAAAAGUAUUCCAAUACCUAGCCACUAAAACAGAAACUCAUCCUCACAGGAAAAGGAUGCCAUUUUCUAAUUUGUAAAUAAUUUCAAAGUAUGCAGUACAAUUUGAGAAUGUCAAACAAAUCAUGAAGGAUACAUUUGUAACAUGUUAUCCAUACACUUACAAUGUGGUGCUACUGAAAUGACAAUUAUGUAAAAAAAUGGAAUCUAUUGUUUAUAUGGGUAUAGAUGUCUUCUAAAGCGCACACAUGAUCCCACAUUUGCCAAUUCCACACUUUGUGCUUCUCAACCCAUCUUUAGUCAUGUUGAUGCCUUCACCCGUUAUUCUAGGACUAAAGGCUUUGAUCAAGAUGCGCCUCACUUUAUCUUAACAUGUUCAUAUCUUUCCCCCAAACCUGUCCUGCCCCACAUUGAAUUAUUCUCAAUAUUUCUGAUCCUGCCCUGUAUAACAUGUUAUACACCUGCUACUUCUUACAAAAGUUUAGAUGGGGGAUAUUGUGUCAGAGCAGGCUCUCCAACACUGUUCCUGGAGAGCUACCCUUCUGUGGGUUUUUGCUCCAACCCCAGUUGUAACUAACCUUAUUCAGCAUAUCGACCAGCUAAUUAUUAGAAUCAGGUGUGCUAGAUUAGGGUUGGAGUUAACCUACAGGACAGUCGCGCUCCAGUAUUGGAGUAAACACAGAGUUAAUAGUAUAAUUUAAUAGUAAAUGGUCUACUCCCUCAUAAACCAAAUGUUUUAUAAUUAUCACAAAUGUUCCUAAACAAUGUUUUACUACUCCAGUGGACCUUCUGUUUUUAAACUCUGAAAUAAAAAGGUCAAUCUCUAUCAA